AUGGGAUUAGAUUGUUCUACCUCUAGAAAACCUCUCUUAGAUACUAUCUCAUAAGAAUUCCUUAAAAAAGUUAAAAAGAAAUUUCCAGUGGCCCAUCAGACGCUUAAAUCAGAUAUAUCUCCAAUUAUCAAUACACCAAUCCUAAAAAUCAAAGAUAAAACUUAUUUAAAACUUGAAAGUCAUUAAACAUCUGGAAGUUUUAAAAUUAGAGGAGCUUUUCUAUACUUUUAAGAUCAGCCAAAUCAAUAAAUUGUCGUUGCUAGUACAGGUAAUUUUGCAAAAGCUUGUUUUUAUGCUUACAAAAGUUGUUCAGAAGAAACAAAGAAUUAGAGUGAAAUUUUUUAACAGGAUUACAAAUAAAUUUAAUAGAUUUAAUCAAACGAAUACAAUACUCCAACUCCUCAACCUGAUUAUUAGGAAUUAUAAUAAUAACAAUAAUAAUACUCUUAAGAAGAACUUGAUAAAUCUAAUUUAAUCAUAUUUGUACCUAAAAAUGUAAAUAGAGAUAAAUUAAAAGAAAUUACUUGUCCCAUAAUUUAUGCAGGCUAGGACUGUGUUGAAAGUGAAUAAAAAGCUCGAUAAUACGCAGAAAAGCAUAAUUGCUCUUAUGCCUCUCCUUAUAAUGAUAUAAAUAUGAUUUUGGGUAGUUGCACUAUAGGAGAAGAAAUAGAUUAAUAUUUUAACGCUUAAAAUGAAGAACUCGAUUUUAUAUUUGUCUCAUGCGGGGGCGGUGGUUUGAUAGGAGGAAUUGCCUUAUAUUUUAAGUAUCUAAAAAAUAAGGGUACUAAAAUUAUUGGAGUUUAACCAAAAGAUAAUGCAGCUAUGUACAAUAUAUUACGUAAUAAAGGAGAAUACAAAUUGCUUGACACUCUAUCUGAUGGAACCUCUGGUGGAGUUGAAGAAAAUGCUAUCACGAUUGAAAUUUGCAAGCAUCUGGUUGAUGAUUGGGUUUUAGUGAAAGAAGAUCAAAUAUUAGAAGCCUAACUAAAAUUAUUAAAUGAGCACAAACUUAUUGUUGAAGGAGCUGCAGCAUUAGCUUAUGCUGGCUUUAUGAACUAUCCUAUAGGGCGUCUUUCAUGUUUAAUUGUAUUAUGUGGAUCAAAUGUUGAUCCGCAUAAGAUUAUGGUAAAAAAAUGA